CUGUUUUCUUAAUGAAGCAGCCACACUCAGUUUCUUCUCGUCGUCAUGGCCUCCCUCUGAUCGGGCUUCACUCUGCUUCCGCCUUCCAGACCCUUACUCUGCUCGCUGUCGCUGAACCUCGUCCCGCCUUGCGUUGUUCCAGCGUCGUCAUCUUGCCGUCGUCUUUCCGUCGGCCGUCUCCGCAAAGAGAGCUAAUCCACACUCUCAGUGGAAAUAGGAGUGCCUGAACAUGGAUUUUCAUUCCUCUCACGAUAGUGUUUUGCAAUAUCAGCUAUGGUGGUUAAGGUCGGAACUUCAGUCAGAACAACUUGCUGCUGCAAUGCUCGAGGAAAACGAAGAGCUUCAACUUCAAGUUCACCUACAAACCAUUUAUGUUGUUUGGCUAGAUACAUGAUGUAGACUGACAGUUGAAUAAGAAAUUUUUCUAGAGCAGAUGCUUGUGUUGAAGGCAACAUCGAAGUUGAUUUUGAUCCAACCUGAUUGUGGGGUGAUGGUUAGCUAACUGGAACCAGAUGAAGGGCAAGCAAAAGCUUCGCCAAGCUAUAGACUUUUUGUACUCCUGUGGCUGUGCAACUUCUGAGGCAUAUACCCGUAUUGUGAUUGAUUGUGUUCGAUCCAAUGACAUCUAUCAAGCCAAGAGAUUGCAAGCUCACAUGGAGCGUCACCUUUUUCAACCCACUGAUGCCUUUGUCCAUAAUCAAUUCCUCCAUAUGUAUGCAAAAUUUGGAAAGCUUUCAGAUGCUCAAAAUCUGUUUGAUAAGAUGACCAAGAAAGAUAUUUAUUCUUGGAAUGCGAUACUUUCAGCCUAUGCAAAGUUGGGGUUGGUUGAGGAUUUGUGUAUACUUUUUGAUCAAAUGCCUUAUCGUGAUUCUGUUUCAUACAACACUAUAAUAGCAAGUCUUACUAACAAUGGGCGUUCAGGAAAAGCUUUGGAGGCUUUGGCACAGAUGAAGAAAGAUGGGAUAGAACCCACAGAGUACACCUAUGUCAGUGCGUUGCAGGCAUGUUCUCAUUUAUUGGAUUUCAGGCUUGGGAAACAGAUUCAUGGGAGAGUUAUUGUAGGCAAUUCCACGCAAAAUGUUUAUGUGUGUAAUUCUAUCAUUGAUAUGUAUGCCAAUUGUGGGGACAUUGGUAGGGCAAGGAAGUUAUUUGAUGGAAUGGUCGUUAAAAAUGUUGUUUCAUGGAAUCUGAUGAUUUCUGUAUAUGUGAAAAAUCGGAAUCCUGAUGAGUGCAUUCAUUUGUUUGAUAAGAUGCAGUUAUCAGGUUUUAAACCUGACCAAAUUACUGUUUCAAAUGUUCUCAAUGCUUACUUUCAGUGCGGAUGUGUAGAUGAUGCAAAGAAAAUGUUUCACAAAAUAAUGAAAAAGGAUGAGAUUUGUUGGACUACAAUGUUAGUUGGUUAUGCACAAAAUGGGAGAGAAGAGGAUGCUUUGAUGUUAUUCUGUGAUAUGCUACAUGAAAAUAUUCAACCUGACAGUUUCACCAUCUCAAGUGUGGUGAGCUCUUGUGCCAAACUAGCUUCAUUGUACCAAGGUCAGGUUGUUCAUGGAAAAGCCAUUCUUAUGGGUGUUGAUGAUAACAUGCUUGUGUCAAGUGCUCUAGUAGAUAUGUACUGCAAAUGUGGAGUCACUUCAGAUGCUUGGGUCAUUUUUGAAGCCAUGCCUACUCGUAAUGUUGUUACUUGGAAUGCCAUGAUUAGGGGUUAUGCACGAAAUGGACAGGGUUCAGAGGCUGUAGCCCUGUAUGAAAGUAUGUUGCAGGAAAAGUUAAAACCUGAUAAUUUUACCUUUGUUGGUGUCUUAUCCGCUUGUAUCAAUGCAGAUAUGGUAGAGCAAGGACAGAGGUAUUUUGAUUCUAUCAUUGAACAUGGCAUGACACCCACUUUGGAUCACUAUGCAUAUAUGAUUACUCUCCUUGGUCGGUCAGGUUAUAUCAGUGAAGCAGUGGAUCUGAUAAAAGUUAUGCCUCAUAAACCAGAUUAUUUAAUUUGGUCCACUUUACUAUCAGUUUGCACUGCAAAGUGUGACAUAAAACAUGCAGAGCUGGCUGCUAGGCAUCUAUUUGAAUUGGAUCCGCUUAAUGCUGGACCAUAUAUCAUAAUCUCCAACAUGUAUGCUGCUUGUGGGAGAUGGAAAGAUGUAGCUGCCAUAAGAUCUCUAAUGAAGAGAAAUAAUGCAAAGAAGUUUGCUGCAUACAGUUGGAUUGAGAUUGAAAAUGAAGUUCACAAGUUUGUUUCUGAAGAUCGAUCUCAUCCAGAGGUGGAAAAAAUCUAUAGCGAACUGACUGGCCUGAUCGCAAAAUUGUGGGAAUUUGGGUAUAAUCCAGAUACAAAGAUUGUUCUGCAUGAUGUAGGGGAGGAAGAAAAGGUUAGAUCCAUCUCCUACCAUAGUGAGAAACUAGCUCUUGCAUUUGCAUUAAUGAGGAAGCCCCAUGGUGUUGCACCCAUAAGGAUCAUAAAGAACAUACGUGUUUGUGAUGACUGCCAUGCUUUCAUGAAGUCUGUAUCCUUGAUGAUUGGACGGCCAAUCAUACUGAGAGAUUCGAAUAGAUUUCAUCAUUUCAUUGGUGGAAGCUGCUCCUGCAAGGACCAUUGGUGAAGUCUUAGAUGGUGACCUGCUGAGCUAUAAUGGUAUCUAAAAUGAAUAUAGACGUUGGCAAAAAGAAAAAGAAACGAGUAUAGACAAAUACAACACGCAAGUGUAUCCCCUCUGAAAAUAUUUUAUGCGAAGUAAAUAGCCAAUGCUACUGUUCUGGAGGCUUCAUUUAAGGAUAAGUUCAUGUUAGUAGACCUUUUUAGUGGAAAUGGAUAGGGAGGGGAAGAGUAUGGAAACGAGGACCUCACCUCAUUUCAUGGGUUGUUUGGUAGGGAGGCAAAGGAAGAAUAAAAUGGUAAAAUUGCACAUUUACCAUUUAGCAAACAUAAAACACAAGAUUGGGGUUUAGCCUCUUUCUUAUUCUACCUUGACUCGCAUCUGACUCGGUUCAAUUCAUUCCCUUUCCAAACUGUAUAACUCAAUUGCACCCGCAUAACCAUUCUUGUAGUUAGCCUACCACCUGUUUGCUUUAAUGUUUCAUCCAUAUGAAAUCAUUUCGAUGGAAUUUAUGGCUUACCAAGCUGAGACACGCCUCUUUUACUUGUAUGCGGUUCAUCACACCAAAUAUAGUCUUUCGUAUUUGGAUGGUAUUUGUAAGUGGUUGGAAGUUCUAUGGCUCCUAUGGUAACUGAUUCAAUAUUGAAGAUUUUAGCUCUGCCUCUGAUGAAUGCUGAUGUUGAUAUUCCCCAAAUCCACCAAAGGAAGUGACAUGCCAUACUAGGUAAAAGAAAGCCAGAAAAAGGACUUCGAUUCACAUAAGCUCAAAUUGAACAAUCCAUCUAACGUCAACAAGAGAAAUAUUGCAUACGAAGCCAUACAACCCCUUAUCAGCCAAAU